CGGUCUAACUUUAUGCCUGCCCUCAAAAGUAACCCAACACCAGGAAGAAGGAAGGGAACACAACAAUCAUGGUCUAAAGUCUAAAGUACUAAAGUCUCCUUCCUUUAUUGCUUGAAUCGGCUAUUAGUCCCAGAGACUGUAAUUCACCAGGACGUGGAGGCGAGGAGCGAAAGUUUCCCGGAACCCAUUAAACAAUAUAAAGAAAAAUGUCUAAAGCUGAGAUGGACGUGGAGACUUAUUUGUCUCGCAUCGGGUUUGCUGGCCCCGCUGAGCCCAGCCUGCAGCUGCUGCGGUCGGUCCACACCUGUCACCUGCUGUCGGUGCCGUUUGAAAACCUCACGGUGCACAGCGGCGGAAGAGUCCGGCUUGAACUUCCUCUUCUGUACGACAAGAUAGUGAAGCAACGCCGAGGCGGUUUCUGCUAUGAGAAUAACAGUCUCUUCUCGUGGCUGCUGUCCAAACUGGGCUUCCAGGUGACUCUGCUCUCCGGCCAGGUGAGGGGCGUGAUCACGGGUCGCUACGGGCCACCUUUUGACCACUUGAUCCUCAUGGUGAGUCUUGAUGGACAGCGAUGGCUUUGCGACGUCGGAUUCGGUGCGCCGGGAUUCAGCGUCCCCCUUUCCCUGGAGACCAGCGGGCCCCAGGAGCAGGACCACCGAGUGUACCGGAUCAGGAAUGACAUGGGGAUGCACUUUCUGGAGUGGCAGGGUGAUGAGAACAGAGGGGCAGAUGUAGACUGGAUUGAGAUCUACAAGUUCACCCUUGAACCUCGGUGUCUGGAGAACUUUGUUGAGAUGUGUCAGUACCACCAGAGCUCCCCCUGCUCCAUCUUUUUCUGCAAGUCCCUCUGCACCGUAUUAAAACCAGGUGGAAGGCUCACCUACAUGGGCCACAGACUGACCAGCACCACAUUCCCAACAAAGGGGACAGGGGGAGUGCUGGAAACCACAACCAGAGAUCUUAAAGACGAGGAGAUACCUGAUGUUCUAGCAGAGAACUUUGGAGUUGUAUUAAACUCUACACUCAUACCAAAGGAUGAGACAAUCACACUGCCACCAGUCAUGUACUGACCAUACUUCCACAGGUUUAGGGAAGACUUGGGAGCCUCCCCCAAGAAAAGCUUAGUUAUUAAAAAAAUCUGCAAUUUCA